AUGCAAGGUGGGCCUAUGAAAAAAGCAUCCGAGGCACUCCAAUUACUUCUUCGUUCAUUACCUGAAGAUUGCUUAUUUAAUGUGAUAUCAUUCGGAUCUCGUUUUGAUUCUUUAUUUGAAAAAAGUCAAUCUUAUUCCCAAGAAAGUUUCACAAAAGCUCUUAAACAUGCUCAAGAAAUGACUGCAAGUUAUGGUGGAACUGAAAUUUAUAAUCCUUUAAAAUGGGCCUUUGAAAACUCAAGAAAUGAUAUGCCUACUUCUGUUUUUCUUCUUACUGAUGGUCAAGUUUAUAACGUUGAUCAAAUUGUAGAACUUAUUAAAUCUUGUGAAGAAAAGAAAAAAGAUGAUUUAAGAUUAUUUUCAAUUGGAAUUGGUGAUUCUGUUUCUCAUAAUUUAGUUGAGUCUGUUUCCCGUGCUGGUAAAGGAUAUUCACAAUUUGUUACAAAUACUGAGCGAAUGGACAAAAAGAUUCUUGGAAUGUUAAAAAAUGCUAUAAAACCUCCUAUUAAGGAUUAUAAUAUUACUUGGACUGAUCAUAUCAUUGAAGACUCUUUGCCAACUGAAACUAAUACAGUUAAUAACCCAAUUAUUAGCUGCUUUAGUAAUAUUACUACACCUCCACCAGCCGAUCAAAAUAUUUUUACAGAUACAAAAAUUCAACAAGCACCAUUCUUAAUUCCACCAAUUUAUCCUGGUGUUCGAUUUAUAGUUUAUUGCAUUUUAGAAAAAGGUGUUGAAGCUUGUAAAGAAAUUAUAUUAAGUGCAAAUUCUCAUGAUGGUCCUAUGAAACUUUCUAUUCCAUUGGAUCCUGUAAUUUUGCAGGGAUCAAAAAUGCAUACACUUGCAGCCAGAAAACUUAUUCAAGACCUUGAAGAUGGAACUUCAUUUAUUCAUAAGCAUCAUAGUGUUAAAUUUUAA